CCGACCGAGAUUCCGUUCCCUUCAUGCGAAUAACUUCCGAACUCCAUCCAAGGGAGAGAGAAAGGAAAAAAAAAAAAGCAAAACAAACACCGCAAAAGUAAACCUGGACAAAGCAGGAACCAAAAAACUCCGAUUGUAAGACCUGCGGCGGGUGAGGGGGGCAGGUCGACGAAUUAAAGGAUGUGGAUCUGGUAUCUUCUGCUCGGAUCGGGGUCUGGCUCCAGCUCGGUCGACAGCCAGCUGAUCCCGGGGAAUAACUUCACCACCGAAUGCAACAUUCCGGGGAAUUUCAUGUGCGGAGACGGGAAGUGUGUUCCGGGCGGGUGGCAGUGCGACGGGCUUCCGGACUGCUUCGACAAGAGCGACGAGAAGGGCUGCCCCAAAGUCAAGUCGAAGUGCGCCCCCACGUUCUUCGCCUGCGCCAACGGGAUCCACUGCAUCAUCGGCCGCUUCCGCUGCAACGGGUUCGACGACUGCCCCGACCGCAGCGACGAGCAGAACUGCACCAACCCCCUGGUGUGCUCUGCAGCUCGGUUCCACUGCAGAAACGGACGCUGUGUGGACCGGAGCUUCCUGUGCAACGGUCAGGACAACUGCCAGGACAACAGUGACGAGGAGGACUGCCAGGCCACCUCCGUGGCCCCCAGUCAGGACUUUGUGACGCUGGACUACCGGCUGCGGUACUACCCCAGCAUCACGUACGCAGUGAUCGGCAGCGCCGUCGUCUUCAUCCUGGUGGUGGUGCUGCUGGCGCUGGUGCUGCACCACCAGAGGAAGCGCAGCGUUCUCCUGCCCCGGGGGGUCCGCGGGGGGGGCCACCACCACCACCACCACCACCAGCCCCUGCUGCUGUCGCGCCUCGUCAUCCUGGACCGCACGCAGCACCACCCCGGCCUGAGCCCCGGCUCCCCGCCGGGGCCCUUCGGCACCGCCUCCAGCCUGCAGCUGCUCUCCGGGGCCCUGCUGCCCGCCGGCGUGCCCCUGGACUCCCCGCCGUCCUACUCCCAGGCUGUGCUGGACGCCAGCCGGCCGCCCUGGUUUGACCUCCCGCCUCCGCCCUACCCCCCCGACGGGGGGACACCACCCCAGCGGGACCUGCCCCCGUAUGAAGCCAACGAAUCACAGCCCGCGGCGACCCCCAGGCCACGCCCACAGGAGGAGUCUGAGCAGCUGUAGCCCCACCCCCUACCUGACUGCUUGUACAUAAGUGACAGAGACGGUGGGCGGGGGGGGCGGACUCCGAAAGGCUGCACGAACUGGAGAGGGGACCGAGGGUGGAGCCCUGGGGCACCACCACGCUACGGGCACCUGAGGAAAGAGUUUGGAUAUGGGAACUAAAUCAAACUCCUCCUCACCCCCUUACCCAUAGGGCAUUGUGCUGCACUCUCCUCAAGCAUUGCCUGUGAUAUAGCCCAUGUUUUUGGUUUUUAGGGGACAUGGAGAUGCACCCUGCCCUACAUGUAGUCAUGGCUGCUGAACACCCAGGGGUGGGGGGGGUGUGGGGCAGGGUGAAGGAGAAAGCAGGAGAAGCCAUUUUUGGUUCCCGCUGCAAUGUAUUGCUGGACUCACCAUCAUUGCGUUCUCUUAGGCAGUGCCCUCGUGGAGUCCGGUCAAAACUCCCAACUGCCAACGAACAAUUCCUACAGCUUCAGUGAAGUUUGCCCGGUCCAGUGAAGGACAUUCUCUCCGCAGUCCGUCAGGACUGGAGUCUAGGACACAGGACAGAGCUGUUCCAGACUGUGGCCAGUGUUAUUAUCACCCAUAUCCACCAGGGGGAGACAUUUCUCUCCACAGUCCACUUGGACUGGAGUCUAGGACACAGGACAGAGCUGUUCCAGACAGUGGCCAGUGUUAUUAUCUCCAUAUCCACCAGGGGGAGACAUUUCAGCCUUGCGCAGGUACAGGUGUGCCAGAAAAAAACGCACAUCAGCUUUCCCCAGCUUUCUCAAUCAUGUACGAAUAUUCGGUUACAUAUCAGUAGCUUUUUAUUAGUAGAAGUUUCCACUAUAUUUUACCAGUGUUCUGAAAGAUCAUAUCAUGUAUAUUGUGGAAAUAAUUGUAAAAUAAUAUGCAGGCUUGUAGGAUUUUGAUGGAUAUUUGAAACAUUUAUUUCAAAUACAUUGAUAUUACAAUGUAAAGUACAGAACCAAAUCAUAUUUAUUAUCUGGCAUUUGCAGGAAGGGAGGUACUUUAACUGGACCAGGUAAUUAAAGUUUGAUGUUUACACAAUGUGCCUUCAAAGGACACAAUCAACAUUUCUUAGGGGAACACAGAGACGUUCUGCAUUCGCGUACCCGCGCUAAUCUCAUUAACAAAUCGUUAGGGAUUACCUGCACUUAAUUACGAAUUAAUUCAGCCAGGCUGUCAGAAAUAUCCACCAGAAUCCUGCAAGCCGAUCAUUGUUAUUUAAACCUGUAGUGGAGGCAGAAUGUAGAGGUUUUAUAUCGGAAGAACUUAAACCAAAGCUAUUUAAAGGUUGUUUUUUUCCCACAGCAUUGCUGUCUGUAAAGGCCUUGCUGUGCUGCAUGGUUAGGUACUCUCUAGAAUCAGUGAGCAGCAUCAGAGAAAUUCUCCUCAAACCGCUUUGACGCACGAACACGAUCGCAAACAACGCGGAGAAGUGCAGUUAUGUUCAAGGCCGAUCUGAAAGCACUUCCCUUAUUGGACUUGACGGUGGGAAAGGCACUUUUCAGCCCAAUCUAAAAGCCCUUUUCUCUUUAAGUUCUACCAGCUCUGCUGCAGUAAAGGAAAUAUGUGAUUACUGUCAGACUAAC